AUGAAAAAUAGCACCAAGUCAUUUUGUGAUCGCUUGCAAUGUGCACAACAACAUUGGGAAUUGACGAAAACGGUGCAGCAGGUAGGUGGCAACACCGACAAAUUUUGGAACAACUAUGUCAAGGACGAAUUGGGCAAUCUCUUUAAUCGGGGGACUGUUAGUAAUGGUGGCACCACUUCUAACCAUUGCAACAGCGCUCCAGGCUUAGAUAAUGCAAAUAAAGAAGCUUGCAAACACAUUACAGCUAAAUUAGAACUUAUGUACCAAAAUUCAAAAGGCAAACACCAAUUUUCUGAUCAAAUUAUAAAUUGUCUUUUGAUAAAUGCUUAUGCUAAAAAAUUAAAUGAUCAAGCAAAACAAAAAGGGUAUUGUGACAUAGAAAAAGGUUUAAAGAAAGCUUUUGAGGUUGGUGGUAAAUGCACGGCCAGUAAUGGUUCGUGCAUUGAAUGUAAAAGGGAUGACAAAUGGGAUAGUUGCAACAUGGCAAUUAGCACCAGCAAUGACAGUGUAAAGGAAAAAGUGAAGGAAUUGUUCAACGGCAAGCACCAAACGAAGGACACCGGAAUACAACAAACCUUGGAUGACUUCAAUAAGGGAAAAUCGUUAUGUGAACGUAUACAAUGUGCAUCGAAGUGGUAUAAUGACACCCAGGGCACCGCGGGACAGGAAGACUUCUGGGACAAGAAUGUGAAGGCAUUGUGGGAUGAAUUAGCAAAGAAAAUGAAGGAUAAUGGGGGAAAAUGGAACGGGGAUUGUGAAGAAGUGAAGGAUGGAAAUGAUAAUAGAACAGCAACUCAUUCUGAAAAGAUGGCAUGCAAGUAUUUGCAUGCCGGCUUAAAACAUCUGUAUACGACGUCGUCGACAGACGACGACAUCUUUAAGAACAACCCAUCGUUGAAACAAGCCAUGGGUUGUUUUUUACUUCACGCCUAUGCAAAUGAAAUGAAGAAGAGGGCAACUUGUCUUAUUGAUGCUGGAAUAGAAAAGGCAUUCAAACUUGGUGAAGGUUUAAGUACUCGUGGUAUUUCAUGUGAAUGGGAGGAAAGUCAAUUUGGCGGAUGCCAAAUUGACAUAAAUGGCAAAGGCGAAAAGAAAAGUGCAAAGGACAAAGUAGAUGCUGUACUGGAAGCUGACAACGCUAACUUAGAAUCAAUGGCAAAACAAGUAAAUAAUGUAACCAAAUUAUGUGACCAAGUCCAAUGUGUAACAGCUCGCUGGUUAAAGGAGAAACAUGGAAGUAAUAGCGCCACGGACAAAUGGAAUGAAAUGUGGAAGAAAUUUGGGGAGGAAAUCCCAAAACUGAGCGAUGCCCUCCAGGAGGCAACAUCUGACGCAAAGAAGAAUGAUCUUGAUAAAUACUGCAACGGUCUAACAGGGCAGAAUGGGAAGCCUCCUGAUAAGGAGGCUUGCCUCCUUAUAGCAACAGGAUUAAGAAACCUGUACAAUGUCAACGAUGGCACCAACGAUGCCGUUGAGGCAUCGUUCAAAAGAACGAUGCAAUGUGUUUUAUUAAAUGCUAUUGCAGAUAAAUUAGAGAACGGUGACUUUCCAUGUAAGGAUGAAAAGAAAACGAAGGAGGGGAUAGAUCAUGCUUUUAGUAAGAGUGAUGAUAUUAAAAGCAAAGGUAAAGGUUGCAAGGAUGGUAAUGAUAAAUGUUUUACGUGUGAGAGGUUUACGAAAUAUAAAGAUUGCACAAUUAAAAAAAAUGACAACGCAUUGGAAGUAAAGUAUUUAAAAGAAGAAAUUGACCCAAUCCUCAACAAAGUAGAUGAGGAUGAUACUAGUUCAUUAUCGAAGAAAUCUCUAACGAAGACCAUAUGUGGUGGUCAAUGUAAGGAUAAAAGUAGUUUAUGUGAUCGCGCACAGUGUGCAAUGAAGCAAUGGUUCCCAGACAGGGGAAAAGACAAGGGACAGGAGAGUGACAGGAAGGAAAUGUGGGAGAAAGUGCAGGAGCAAGUCACCGACCUUGUCACAAGCAUACCUGACAAUGGGGGGAAGAAAGCCGAGACAGACGAUCUUUGCAAUGAGGUUGAAUGUAAAAAUGGUGAAAAGGAUUGCGUAAGCAAAACAACAUGCAAACUUAUUGUUAAAGCAUUAAAGGAGGUACAUAAAAUUGAAGAGAAUGGCGAAGACGAACCGCCACUCAAAGUGAAUAAUCGAAUAUUUAAAUCUACCAUGCGUUGUGUAGCACUCAAUGCCUUUAUACACAAAUUGAAGAAACAGGCGAAACAGGGUGGUUAUGCUUGUGCUGUGCAGAAAGGAGUAGAAGGGGCCUUCAGUAAGGGGGAGAGUAAACGUAAGGACUGGUGUGGGGAGAAUGUUAAGGGGGUUGGUAAUGGGGAUGGUUCAUGUGAGAAGUGCCAGAUAGGACAGUGCAUCACCUCUAAAAUUGGAGAUGAUGGCCUAUGGUCCAAAGUGGUGGAUAUGUUAAGCAAUGACUCCACCACCAACAACAACAACAAUAUACAACAAACAUUGUCCAAAAUAAAAGAGAAGGUCACUUUAUGUGAUCGUCUCCAAUGUUUAGCAUCUCGAGUUAAGAUAUCGAAAAAAGAGGACAAAUUCUGGACAGGACAGGAUGGCGCCGUGAAGAAAUUGUGGGAUGAAUUAGCAGGAGCAAUGAACGCAAAUGGGGGCAAUGACCAAAGUGGAAAUGGAUGUGAUCAAAUGGAUGGUAAUGGAAGAACACCCACCGAACCUGAAAGAAGGGCCUGCAAUUAUUUGCAUUCCGGCUUAAAACAACUGUACCAACCGGAUACUUCGUUGUCAGCAGGAAACAAUGGUAUCUUGUCCAAGGACAAGAACCCACUGUUGAGACAAACAGUGGGUUGUUUCCUUCUUAAAGAAUAUGCAAAACAACUGCAAAAAGACUCAAAAUGUGUUAUCGAAGCAGGUUUAAAGAAAGCAUUUCAAAAUAAUAAAUCUUCAUGCGGGAACAAUGCUUCGUGCAUUGAAUGUGAAUGGGAUGAAAAUUUGGAAAAUUGCGACUUAAAGAUUGGCAGCGACAAUAAGAAACUUAAUGAAAAAUUUAAUGAAUUGCUCGAACAAAACAACAAUAACAACUUAGAAGAAAACCUAGGGAAAAUAAACCACAUGAACAACCUAUGUGAUUAUAUUAAAUGUGCCGCACCCAAAUGGUUCAACAGCAACAAAGAAGUGAAGAAUGGUGCUACUACUAACAAGACUUGGUGUAACUUUUGGGAUGAGGGCGUCCAGCCCGAACUGAAGAAAAUGUUCGACGACAUCGCUCAGAAUGGAAAUAAGAAUGCAAAGAACAAAACUGAUGUAUGCAAUAGCAUUGGUGAUGGUAAUGAACAUAGUGUUGAAAGGAAAGCUUGUAAUCAUAUCACAGCAGGUUUAGAAUACAUUAACACAAUUACAGGUGAGGCCAACGCUCAGAACGGCCAUCAGGAUGAUGAUAAGUUUUUUAAACAAUCUAUGAUGUGCGCAGCACUUAACCUUUACGCAGAUAAAAUAAAAGAACAAACGGACAUAGUUUGUCCCAUUGAUGAGAAAAGAAUAGAAAAAAUGUUUGAUGAUUGGAAUAAACAGAAUAAUCCAAAUUCUUCGCCUUCGCCUUCGUGUAAGAGUGGAGUUUAUGAUUGCUUUGUCUGUAAAAGGGAUGAUAAAAUUUUGGACGGUUGCAACCUCCUCGUUGAUAAAGGUCUCAUUGGAAAAUCAACACCAUCACAACCAAAAGGAAAUUGCAAUGAUAACGAUGAAAAUAAAAAAGUCCAAGAGAAAAUGACCAAUCUCCUCCAAACUGAACCCAAAAUGGGCGAAACAUUAAUGAACAUAAAUGAAAUGAAAUCUUCUUUCUGUACUCAAGUCCAAUGCGCAAUAAAAAAAAAACUAAAGAGCAACAAUGGACAAACACUUUCAACCGGAACAACACAACCUUGGGAUGUAUUAACGAAACUUUUAGAACAAAUGACGGACACUACGAAUCAGGCGAAGGUUGCCGACUUCUGCAAAGACAACAAUUGGGAUAAUUUUGGCCAUAAAGAAAAACAAACAAAUAAAGCAGCUUGUUUGCUUUUUGCUGCAGGAUUAAAGCACAUUUAUUCCCCAAAGAAGGACCAGUUUAACGGCCCAUCGUUUGGACAAACGAUGGGUUGUUUAUUUCUUAAAGAAUAUGCAAAACAAUUAAAAGAAAUGGCAAAAGAACAAAAGGAGUAUAAGGUACAUCCUAAAUGUAGCGUAGAGGAUGGUAUAAAACAUGCUUUUGAACAAAGUGCAAAAAUUAUGAAUGACACACCUCCAUGCAAAAAUAAUGGUAAUUCUUGUUUUGUGUGCAAACAAAACGAAGACGAUUAUAAAGAUUGCCUAAUUGGCUCUGACAGUGUAAAGUCUAAGGUGGAAACAAUCUUCCAAGACAAACAGAACAAAAACCAUAUGCAACAAACUUUGGAGAAUACAGUCUGUCCCAUCCUUCUUACGGAUCUCCUUACCCCUUUUCUUCCUUUGGCUCCUGUCUCCAUUGGCCUUUCUGCUAUGGCUUAUUACCUUUGGAAGUAUUUUGGUCCUCUUGGUAAAGGAGGACCACGUUUAAGAAGAUCUCCUGCUGAAAUUCCUGGUCCAUCCGUACAGGAACAAGUCCUCGAUCAUGUGGAAGAAGCCGGUUCACAUGAAUAUCGAUUGGUGAAGGAACGAAAACCUCCAUCUGCUCCAACAAGAACGAAACGUUCUGGUCGCGCGAAUCGUCGCACGAUUAUUGAAAUUCAUUUUGAAGUGUUGGACGAAUGUCAAAAAGGGGACACACAAUUGAACCAGAAGGAUUUUCUGGAACUUUUGGUUCAAGAAUUCAUGGGAUCGGAAUUUAUGGAAGAAGAACAGGUUCCUAAGGAAGACGUUCUUAUGGAUGAAGUUCUUAUGGAAGGGGUUCCUAUGGAAUGUGUUCCAAGUUUAUUUUCCGGGUUUAUGGUUUAA